AUGUUCGGGGCACCAGGCCGACACGCAGGUCGCAUGCACCAUUCGGCGAGCACGCCGGCGGGCGUGGACGGCGCUGGUGGCGCCAGAACACCACCAGCCACCCCGAAGAAGGGCGGCAAGAUGCUCGCCGUGCGCGUACACAUGUUGGACGACACCGUCUCCAUGUUCCAGAUACAGUCUAAGGCGCUUGGUAGAGUGCUGUUCGAUCAAGUAUGUCGGCAGCUGCAUCUUCUCGAGGCCGAUUAUUUCGGCUUGGAAUAUCAGGACUCCAGCGGUACGAAGUACUGGCUGGACGUGGAGAAGCCGAUGUGCCGCCAAGUGGGCCUCUCGAUGCUUGAGCCCACGCUCCGCUUCUGCGUGAAGUUCUACACUCCGGACCCGGCCCGCCUCGAGGAGGAGUUCACCCGCUACCUGUUCUGCCUGCAAGUGAAGAGGGACCUCGCGAACGGCUGCAUCCAGUGCAACGAGAACACCGCCGCCCUGAUGGCCAGCUACAUUGUGCAAGCGGAGUGUGGUGACUUCGUCCCGGAAGACUACCCCGACCACACGUACCUCAGCGGGUACAAGUUCUUUCCCGGGCAGGACGCCGACUCCGAGCGACGGAUUAUGGAGAACCACAAGAAGCACAUUGGCCAGAGUCCAGCAGAGGCCGACCUCAACCUUUUGGAGACAGCCCGAAGAUGCGAAUUGUACGGUAUCAAGAUGCACCCGGCCAAGGACCACGAGGGGGUCCCGCUGAACCUGGCCGUGGCGCACAUGGGCAUCGUGGUCUUCCAGAACUUCACCAAGAUCAACACCUUCAGCUGGGCGAAGAUCAGGAAGAUAUCGUUCAAAAGGAAAAAGUUCCUCAUCAAACUCCACCCAGAGGGAUAUGGGCACUACCGCGACGUGGUCGAGUUCUUCUUCGAGGGGCGCAACGAGUGUAAGAACUUCUGGAAGAAGUGCGUCGAGAACCACGGCUUCUUCCGCUGCACCAGCGUGCCGCGGCUGCCGCGCCACAAGCCGCGCGUCAUGUCGCGCGGUUCCUCCUUCAGGUACAGCGGCAAAACGCAGAAGCAGAUCGUCGAGUUCGUCCGCGACAACUACGUGAAGCGGCAGACGUUCCAGAGGUCGGGGUCGUUCCGCGCGUGGCGGCCGCCGCCGGCGCGCGCCGCCGCCGCGCUCAACGCGAGCGUGUCCGCGCACCCGCUGCUGCCGCUGCCGCCCGGCUCGGACGCGAUUUCCCUGGAGUGGGACAAGCAACCUCACUACCUGGAGGCCUCGCUGAUGAUGAAGGGCUACAGUGCGGAGGAGGCGCGCGAGGCGGCGAGGCGCUCUUCGCGCACGCCCCCGCCCGCGCCGCGCCGCUCUCCCCCGCCUCUCGCAGCUACCGCCUAUGCCAGCACGAGGGAAAAGCUGACAAAACUGUACUGCAACCAAAUCGCGCAAGAGCUAGUGACCCAUGCAGAGGUCAAUCAUCAUCCUACGGAGGAUUCACCUCUGCCUCAUCGGACGACGACACCGUUGAUCUCGCCGGAGAGCUCGUGGAGCCAGGCGACGGGGCGCGACAGUGUCCGCGCGCGCGCUCCCACUCCGCCGCCUCGUGGGCCGCGCCCGCCGCCAGGUCAGAGCCCCGCGGCCUCGCCCACGCGCACACCCACCACACCCACCCCCACUUGCACACACGCGCGCCCGCGCACACACACGCGCACUGCCACGCGCCCUGCCGCCGCCUCGCCGGGCCCUAGCCGCGACCGGCUCGACUACGAGCUGUCGCAGUCCAACAUGUACUCGGCCUGCCCGUCGCCGCGCUCCAGCCGCUCGGGCUCGUUGCUGCUCGCCGAGCAGGAGGAGGGCGAGCGGCAGGGGGAGGGGUACGCGGAGGAGGGGGAGGGCGGCGCGAGGCGCGUGUGGCGGCGCAGCGCCAGCUGCCGCAACCUGCGCGACUUCAGCUUCGACGAGGCGGGCCGCGCCAAGCGGCGCGCCGACACGCGCAGCCUGCUGGCCGGCCUGCACGCGUACGGCCGCGUCGACUCGCCCGUCACCCGCUACGACGACGCGCGCACGCUCGCCUUCAUCCUCGCCGAGCGCGGCUCGAUUGAGUCGCAGCGCGAGCUCAUCGGCCGCGCCUACUCGUCCAGCUUCCCGGGCGCCAUAAGCGAGCCGCGCCUCGACCUGCCCGCGUUCGCGCGCAGCGGCUCGCAGGACGACAUCUCGCACGACAGCUACGAGCUGAUCGAGCGCUCCGACGACGAGUACUCGGAGCGGCCGCGUUACGCGCGCGUCCGGCCGCGCUCCUCCGCGGUGCACACGCGCUCCUGCUCGCUCGACUCAGGCAACGACCUGCCCUCCGACGACGACCAGUCGCUCUCGCACCUCUCCGAGUGCGACGUCCACGAGCCCAUCGACAUCGGCGCCGUCAACUACAAGAGCGACAACGACAUACCGCUCGAUCCGUUUCUCAUCGACGACCCGCGGAUCCUCCCGCGCGAGAAACUAUCCGUACGCUCCGACGGCAGCUUCUAUAAGGAGAUCAAGCGCGCUCUCGGCUCUCGAACCUCUAGUCAGGAGUCGAAGAGUGAUAUUUACGAAAAAAUAUCUAAGAGCAGCGCUGAGUCUAGCAAAAAAUCUCGCGACAGCGUCUAUCAUACAGAUAGCAAAAAAUCGCGUGAAACGCUGAAGAGCAAAAGCUCCGACAGGUCAGGUUCGAGGACAUCCAGCCAGGACUCUAAAUCUGAUUAUUACGAUUGCAAAAAGAAUAUUUAUGAGUCUGAAGACUUAAAUCUAAGACGGCGCAGCAUAACAAGCGUGCAAAAUGCAUAUAUCGAUCCAUUCGAGCCAAUUUCACCUUCUUCCAGCCCUGACUCGUGUAAGGAAUUCUUUGACACGCAGCCGACGUUUAUCGGAAUGGAAAAACCGGAAUAUAGAGAAAAGACACUGUUCGAUAAGUCGCAUGAAGAUUUGAUUGCAAACCUUGCAAAUGCGGACUUUUAUCACAUUCCAACUCCGUACUCAACUUUCCCCAGUAACAAUAAGCAUAAGGAACCGAGCCCAAUGCAUUCAGCCAGCUUGCAAAAUGUAGAAUUGGAGCAAUACGGUCAGUACUCGGAUGUCAGUCCACCGAAAAAAUCUGACGAAUUAUCCACAGAGGAGGAAGACAUGCACCCGCAUGUCACGCACAUAUGGCCGGAGAAAAUAGCCGGUCUAGAAACUGAGAUAGAUAAUCGGGCGGCCAAAAUUCACAGCUACCAGCGACGUCGUUCGUCGGAAACUGUUUUUAGCUUUGAUAAAGAGAAAAUAGAAUCUCUCACACGAUCGAUAAGUAAGGAAAACAAUACAUCGCAUCUCGUGAAGGAAUCAUCAAACGAGUCGGAUGUGAACGUGCGCGUAUUGCCUGCAAUGGAUAGUAUUGAAUAUGCGAAAAAUAAAGCAAAAGCGGCUGCGAUGCAAUCGGGGACGUCAUCGAUACUUCAGUCAGAGUUCGAUAAAAACAUGCGCGGUAAGGUGCAUACGCAUGUUGUUAGAAAGGAAAAUUUAAAAGAAGAGCUCAUGGCUAAGACACACUUCGACGAAUACAAUCCCAAGCUUAUUUUAGAGACGAGUUCUAGUAGCCGAUUAGCGGACACAGCAGCACCGUACACACAUCCUACAGUAGAAAGGACCAAAAGUGAUCCAAACAGUUUAGCUAACAGACCUCGUUUUAGCAGUGUCAAUUCUCGACGACACGUUCUCAUGCAUCAGAAAUCUAUUGAUCUGACUCCUGCAGAGUCUAGUGACGAGGAUUACAUCUUUCGUCAAAUACCAAGUGCUCCUCCUAUCGCAACCAAACGGUCUCACUUUGAGUUGCCUUCUGUGCAUCCUGAUCAUGUGCGUUCGCCAUUCGAUCUGCCUAAGAAUUAUUUCAAAGAGUUUGAUGCCUUUAAAUCCGGCUUUAACGACACUAAAAAGCUGAUUGAUGAUGGGUAUGAUAUUCCGUACGUUUUGCAUAAGAGACAUGUCAUGAAUGGUACUGCACCUUCGCCAUUAAUGGAUGCUAGGCAACCUCCUGAUAUAAUAACAUUACCCCCGCAAAACGGACGACAUGUGGUAAGUGCACACCCAAGGUGUAAAUAUCAUGAUCAUCCUAAAUCGCCCAGGUCUCCUAAAUCGCCUAAAUCUCCGAAAUCACCAAAAUCGCCAAAAUCACCCAAAUCGCCGAAAUCUCCAAAAUCGCCCAAGUCUCCAAAGUCUCCAAAAUCGCCAAGAACCAGCAUUCAAGCUGAUCAUAGUUCAAAGUUCUUGGAAGUGGAGAAUCGCGAUUUCUUGUUUACACAAAAUAUUGAUUUGUCUAAGAUAGAUCCGAUCACAUUAGAGGUUGACAAAAGCGGCCAACUGCAACAUGUGCCAAGUCCAAAGCGUGAUAUUAGCAAAAAAUUGGAUCCCAUUUUGCUAGAAACAUUGAACUCUAAAUUGAGCCAAAUAGAAAGUGAUUCUGCAACAAGUUCUAAAACGGAUAGUAUAAGACAAGAACCACAGUUCCCACAUGACAUCAAGUUUGCAAUUAACGGACGAAACAUACAACAACCACCUAUAAGUAAAGAUCCAAAGCCGUUGACGGCAGCGGAAAAAUUAAGAGCUGAUAUUAAGUCACGAUCUGAAAAACUGCCCCCCAAGAGGGUAACAAAAGGUAGAGGGACGGGUAAAAAAGGCGUCGGCGGAAAGAUAAAACCGAAAAGUAAUAAUAAAAUUAGAAUCACUUCAUUUUCUUCUGAUGAUGAAAGUGUGGAUUCUGAUGAUGUUUUUGGUACAACUGAAGCUGCGCCUAAAUUAGAAUUCUCUCCUCCACAGUCGCGUAAAGAAUUGGAACCUAUUUUGCAAUUAGAAUAUGAUAAAAUUACAUCCGGUGCAUGGCAUAGAGGUCAAACAAUGAGUUCGACUGAAAUUGAGGGCUCUCCUCCGCAAUGCCGUAAACUUGCUGAGCUAGAAGCGAAAUACAAUCCACAAAUUCUUGAUAGCACUUGUGGUACUGCUACUGAAUUAAGGCGGAUUUCCGAGCGUUCAAUUUCAAUUCCAAGUUCAGAAGAUGAUGUGGCUAUGAGAGCGCCAGAAGUAAAACAGUUGAGCAAAGAGAGUUCAACUUGGGAAUAUAAUGAAAAUAUUCCCUCCCCAAUACUCGAGAGUACUGAAUUUCUGAAAUCAGACGAAGAACACUUGGCUGAUAUGGAAAUACAAAAAGUUACUGGGAUCAAAACUCAAUCUGAAGAAAAAAGUGAAAUGAUUCCACCAGACAAAAAAGAUUUUAACAAAUUGGACGUUAAGAAAAGCUUACGUGAUGAACUGAUUUCUCCUAUGUUACGCAAAACUGGUGGUACUCCUAUACUAUUUGCCCAUGCUAGACUAAAUCUAUCUGAAGGUUCUGUGUUUUCUCUUCAGCGCCAGAAAGCUACACAAGACUCACCAACAGCAAGUCGAAGGGCAAAAAGCUUAGAUACGCCUGUUAUACAGCUCCAUAGGUUACCACCUAUGAAUGCAUUUUCUUCCAAAGAUGAUACUGUUGAAGAUGUCAAUGAAGAAGGUAUUAUUAUGGAAGAGAAACCACUAAUAGAAGAUAAAUUAAAAGCAAGUGCCAUUAAAAAAGAGACUAUUGAAAAAAUUGAAGAGGAGGAAGUCGAAGAAGAUCACGAAUCUCCUCCUGAGAUAAAAUCUGUUGUGAUUGAUAACGAGGAAUUAAAACUGUUGGACGACCUUGUCGAACAAAGGCGCCCUCGGUCUUUUAAGCGACGCUAUGACUUAACUAAAAUAAGAUCUCAGACUAAGUCACCGUCUCGAUCACCAAUAAAUAGAUCACCUUUGUCUCGAUCGCCGAUUUCCAAAUCUCCUUCAAGAUCACCAACUUCUUCUUUAAAUUCUCCAAGAGGCAGUAUUAGGAAGCUCUCAGAUUUAAGCGAAGAUCAAAUUGUGCCCGAUAUAGAAAGAAUAAAGCGCAAAGACAAGAAAAAGCUGACUUUGAAAACAAAACCAGAAGAUAAACAGAAAAUUAGCAGUAAGCUAAAUAAAGGUGGUUCUCUUGAUACAAACGCCACAAAAGUAAAAGCCUUACAAACACAAAAGUCUUUACCAUCAUCGCUUAAAGAGCGUCCAGAUUUUCUGACCGUUCCCCCAUUAGACAUUGCUCGCGCAAAGAGUCAAGAACUUGAUCAAAUAUCUAAAAAGGUGACCAAAGAAAAAUCAAAAUCACUUGAAAAAAUGGAGGUUAAACGUGGUAGUAGCAAGGAGAAAGAGAGGACUAAAUCACAGGAAGAAAGUGACUCCGAAAUUGCAAAACGUAAAGAAAAGCAACAGAUGUUAUUCGAAGCGGCUUUAAAACAAACAAAAACUCUUAUUAGUCCAGUCAAAGAUACAAUGCCACCAUUUCCGCCACCAGAAGAUAAGAUAUUGGUUAAAACUGAAGGUGACAAGAUUAUUAUUGAAACUAAGAUUAGCAGUAAGGCAGAAGAUCAUGUCUUUAUUGCAAAAUCACCAAAGAAACUUGAUAACAAGUUAGGUAGUAAAAUAAGUAGAAGUUUUGAAGAUCAAAAAACAAGUAAGGGCAGUAAUAGCAAAUUGAAUAAAAGUAUGGAUGAUAAAUCGAGUCAGUCUUUAGAAGACAAAUUUGAUGAUCUUGCUGCGCUUCAAAAAUCACCCAAAACUUUGUCGAAGAAACAGGAAAUAAAGCAACAAAUUGAAGGUAAAGUAGUGUAUCAAAAAGUACAUCCUAGCGUGAAAUCAAAGAGCUUAGAUCGAAAAGUCGAAACUCAUCUCGAUGCAAAAGCCAAGUCCAAAAGCUUAGACAGAAACUAUGUCACGCCUCCAUCAGCCGUAAUGGAAGAAACUAUCGAUAAACACUUUAAACAAGAAGUAGUUACUGUCGAUGUGCAUCCAAAUAUUAAAGAUGAACCGGAAUCUGUAAUUUUAAAAGAACAAGAAAUCAAAGAUGUUUCGCCACCUCAUAGCUAUAAAGAAAGGACCGAAGAUGACUCUUCAAUUGAGUGGAUGACUAGUUCACAGCAUACGGUCAUCGAAAACGAUACCCAAACAAUUAUAAUGGAGAGAAGAAAAAUCGAUAUUUACAAUAAACAAAGGCAAACUGAAAUUGAAGAUAGUAAAAGUAGUCAAGACAUUUCAAGUUUACUUGAUGGGAAUAAACACGAAAUGAAACGUUUGACAAGCGAGGAGGAGUCACUGACAGAAGUUAGUGAAUUAAAAGUUUCUGAUGAGAGUAAUAUGCUUGGUCUCUCAUUGCCAUACAUUGAUGCAGACAGUUCAUCAGAUCAGGACCAAGCUUCGAAGAGAGACAAAAAAAACAAAAUGUACAGGGGCCGAAGUGAUGACACUGGAUCCUGGAUGACAGUCGACUAUGAAGAACAUACAGCUGAUACAGAACUACCCUUGUCGGAUGCAAGCAAUAAAACGAGCAAGAGUAAAAGGACCCUUGACCAACAAAGUACAUUUGAAGAAUCUUCUGCAAGCUUAGUAGAAUUUUUGAAACAUGAAUCUAUGACUCAAUUGUUCUCAGAAACCGAUACUGAGCAUGAUGGAAGAGUUGGUAAAGAGGCGUUAAGAUCUAUUGAUUUAUCACUCAAAUUUAAAAAUAAAAAUAAAAUAAUUGUGACACCACCGCAAGAAAAUAGUCCGACGAUUGAAAAUUUACCUUUUAUUGAUGCUAGUACAUCUAGAUCUAUUCAGAAGUCUGAAUCUGGUGAACAAACCGGUAGCUCUGGAAGUGCUAAUGAUAUUUCACCCACUGAACAAAAAAAUGAUCAUAAAACCUUAUUGACAGCUAAAUCUAGACGCAGUGAACUUUUAAAACUUAGUGCAGAGCGGUCACGAAGUUCUGAAUCAACUUCUUGGACAAGUAUUGAAAAAGAUGUUAGCCCAUCAAGUGCUAAUAUUAAAGGCAGUUCCAUUGAUGAUGAAUCCAGUGUAAGCUGCUCUAUCGCUAGGCCAUUGGGCAUAUCUCAAGAUAUUGAAAAACUAAAUAAAAAGGACAGGGAGUGUCUUGAAGAAUUGAAACAGGCCAUGGAAUAUGGGGAAGAACAUUUAGUGUCCCACCAUACUUUAUCUAGUGAACACUCAAAGUCUAAUUCGAAAUCACCUUCACCAAUACCAGAGUUAGGUCGCAUCGAAAGUCCCCGUAGUCCGUCUAAAUUAGGUACAAGAAAAUCACCCACGCCUACUUUAGAAAAACAAGGUCAAGUAGAUUCUCUUAAAGCCCCAACAGAUUCUGAAUCAAGCUCAGAAAGUAUAGAUCGAACAGUAGAACAACUUUCAAAGCCAAACUUGAGGAAAAGUGGAUUAGAGAAAAUUGGUAAGUGUGUAAUUGAGGAAUCAGAGUCUAGUCAGUCUGCAGCUUCUAAGGCUUCUGAUGUGAAGAAUGAUCUUCAAAAAACUGUCAAGAAAACUAAAAUAGCAAUAACAAUAUCACAAGAAGAUCAGAAUACAACAAUUGAUUUCGAUGAUGACGGAAAUGUUAUAACAUCUUCAUUUGAAAGAGAAUUAAUGAAAAAAAGAGCUUUGAAGGAUACAGACCAAAAAAGUUCCUCUAAGUCGAGUAUGGAUACCACAACUACAACUACGCCUUCUAAAGGGUCCCUCAGUGUUGAUGAUUCUUCUUCUAGGCGAAAGGCACGUCUUGAUGAACAAAAAAGCUCAUCUAAAUCUAGUAUGGAUUCCAGAGGAUCAUUAAGUGUGGAGUCAAGAGGUUCUUUCGAAACAACGGAAUCUACUUCAGGUUCUUUAGGUGAAGCUUAUCGACGUGGUGAAGAGUUAAAACCUACAUGGCGCCCCUUUUUUGGCGCGUCUGGCAGUGAGAAUAGUACAAGUAUUGAGGAAGCUUGGAUACCUCAGGACCAUGAUGGCUAUGAAAGCUUAACUGUAAAUAAGGAUGUUUUUGAAUAUAACAAUCAAAGAUUGUUAGACGACUUUCAAUCGUUUUCUAAAAACCCGCCAUUAUCUGCAAAUACUUCAAAAGAUUCUACUGAAGCUGACUUUACGGAUGAUCUUAAUGAUUUUCCAGUUAAUUUCCUAUACCCAGCUACAUCUUCUGUAUCCACCGAUGUAGUUAUUGGUUAUGGCCAGAAUUUUGGUCGUACUUUGUCGCGUAUAUCGGAACGAAGUACUGCGUCAGAGAAAACCAGUGCAGAUGAAGAUUCAACGAAAGCAUGCUCCCGUUCUGAAAGUAUUAACGAAGAAUCUUUAAAUUCCAGUGAUCAUCAGGCUAGUCUUAGUUCAGAUCCACCAAGCAAUGCUAACGUGGCUUAUAUUUCGGAUACUGAUAGGAGGACAUCUGCUGAAAUGCCAGAUAUACCUAUUGAUCAAACCAAAAUAAGUGAGAUGUAUUCGGAAUCGAAAAAAGAAGGCGAGAAAAGUAAUAAGAAGGGUGAAGCCUCGCAUGAACCUAGAAAAUUAGUUGACGACAGUUCUUUAAAAAAGGGAAGCUUUAAAGCUCCGUCUAAACAGUCUUCUGCAAGUGAAAGUCAAGAAUCAGAAGAUUGGCCUUUACCAGAAUUACCACCCCAAGCUUCUAAAUGUGAAUCUUCUGACAUAAAUAGACGAAAAUCAAGUGAAUUUGAAGAUUGGCCUUCUCUCCCUUCCAGUCUUUUGGAGACACCUAUUGUUGAAAAAGUCCAUAUUUACUAUAUGAGCAAUGAACCGGAACAAGCAAUGAAAGUUACUAUUCAGUCGGAUAGUUCGAAAGGUCAUUUAGAAUCUGACGAUGACAGUGAUACUUUAAAUAAUGACGAAGAUUUAGAAAGAGAUAUUCAAGAGUCAAAAUCUGAAAAGUCUCCAGACAAAACUGCUGAUGAACUAUCCCAGAAACAAGUGAAAGCAAUCCCCUAUGAGAAGUCAGGAUAUAUGGUUGAACCAUUAGAGAAACAUGAUGAAUUCACGUGCCUUAACAAAGGCGUUGUACAAAAUUAUGAUAAGUCCUGCUUAAGUGGAACUUUAACUUCAGAGAGUGUAUCUGCGAUAUCCAUUCCGAAAAGUGACAAGUCAGAAAAUGCGGUCGCUAAAUUAUAUUCAUCUACGCAAGCAAGUAAAAAGUCGGAGCAUAAACCAAAAGUUGAAGCCAGUUCGAAAAGCAGUAGCAUAGACAAAAGUUCUGACAAUAUUAAAUAUGACAAAUUGUGCAGUUCUGAUACUACUGUUUCACGAAAAGGAAUUGAUAGUAGUUCCGGUACUAAAAGCGAUAGCACUUUAACUUUAGCCCAGUCGAUAUCUGAGUGGUCAGCAAGCACCAGUCACACACUAGUUGCUACCGCUCGUGAGGACCAAAAUGAGGUGGAGGAAACAAAAUGUACGGAAAAAUUUGCGGCGGCCUCGCCGUCAAAAUGUGAAGAAAACGUUGAAGUUAAGACGCCAAUACCAAAAUGUGAGUCACCUAUAGCAUCCAGUGAUGUUAAAGAGCCUGUUCUUAGAUUAACGGCAUCGUAUUCAGAGAAGAAUGAUAAAAGUUCUUCAAUAAGUUACAGUGACAAGUCUGACAAAUCCAGUUCUAGCUCGAUAAGCAGUCUACAAAAACAUACUAAUGGAAUUUUGAGGUUCGAUCAGCGAUUAAAGGGAUUUCAACAUCCACAAGACAAAACCCAUGAGCGGUACCUAAAAACGCCGCCAAAGAGCUUAAGUUAUGAGGAGCAGACUCGUAGGCAUAUACAACCAGCAACACGUUGUCAAAGUGAAGAUAGUGAUUUUAAACCUUAUUCAGUCGGAUCGCAGCCGGAGAUUGAUAUCGAUAUGCCGUCACAGCUAUACAGCCAAGAAGAAAAGCACAGUGAACGGUAUCAAAGCCAAGAAUUUUCUAAUAUUAUACGCGAAGACCUAGGCCAUCAGUUUGUUCGUUCCGAUUAUAAGCCAUUGGCAAAACACGCUAGCUACGAUGAUAAAACUUUAUCAAAGAAUCAAAUAAAAGAAUAUAAGAUAUCUCAGCAAUACCGUAGUAAACCGAAAAGUUGGUCAUUCCACGAACAUUAUUUGUCAACGUCUUCCGAGUUACCCAUAAUAACUGUACCAGAAAUACCGUUGGUCCACAAGGAAUUGCAAGAAAAGAAAUCAGGUGAAAGAUCUGGAAAAACCCCUCUUUCCAGAUGCUCUCCGUACUAUUCGAGCAGCCUCAGUUCAGAAUCACCACCUAUUCAACCAUUAAAAGCGCCCGUGAAAAAAUCUCUAUUAGUUAGAAACAUUUCGUUGAAGAGUCCACCUAGUGGUAAUGAUACGGAUAGUUCGCUUGAUGUUAUAAGGGACCCUAGAGAAAGAAUGAGAACAUUUAGACGCAAGAAACCGGUAGCUGGUGCGCGGAAACGUCAUGAAAGAAUACAGGACGUUCUAGAGGAGGACUCCACAAAAAGCCAAUGUUCCUCUGAGAGCGACAAACUUCACGGAGGUAUGUACCUGACCGUGGAAGAUAAUGUACGGCGCAUAGAAAGCUCGGAGUGCUCCGAUAGCUAUUUACCCGAAGUGGAAUCUGGUUCCUCCGAAGCGAAAGACACUCAAGAACCCAUCAGCUAUUCCGAAGAUGACGAGCAAGUCGAGUUUACAGCUCAAUACAAAAGCGCGCCGUACGAACCACAGAAGUUCCCCAUCAGCAUCACGCCGGUCAAGUUCCAAGGGUUCGGGUCGUCAGCAGACGAGGACGAAAUGGGCUUCCCGCGAUUCGAUAGGCUUGGCCGCUUACGUCAUCCGUAUCUCGACUCCCAGGAGCCGUCAUACGUUCCCGACGACAGCCCGCCGCGAACCUCGUACUCGAACAAGAGUAGUCGCCAGUCAUCGCUCAAGAAAAUGAAAUCCUCGCCUCUGUUCCGACAGUCCGACGAUAAGGCGGUCGGCGAGCCUUCGGGUCAACGAACCAAAUUUUAUGACGAGAACAGCGACAGGGACGACUCAGAUGAUUACGCGUACCCUAUAGACACUAUAAAAAGGGCACCGAAACCGACCAAACCAGGCAGCUACAUGUUUGACCGCGAGGCAGUCGCUUAUUCGGACACUGAACUGGCGCAGGGCAAAGAUGAAUACGAGGAGUAUAGAGGCAGCCCGUACCCGGAGCGUUACGAUGAAAUGGAUAUGUUCCAAACGCAGGAAUGCUAUCCUCAGUACGAGCAAGAUAUGUUGGAGAGCAGGGAGGCCAAUCAGGAGCGGUUCAGUAGAGAUCUGGACCAACGUUUUAGUCUAAAUAACGUGGAGAGAUUCUAUUCUAGUCAUUACGUCGACUCGCAAGCUUCUAGCGACAGCCCCGAACAGAAAUUUGACGUGUCCACGCUUCCACCGCCUCUCUGUUCCGAUGAAGAGAAUGAU